AGUUCUUUCGUUGCCGACUAUCUCGAUGGGCGAAAAAGUGUCCUAGGUGUCUUUCAAGUAAAGUUUUCUUGUUGGUUUGGUACUCGUCAUGUCCUCUUCUUUGCUGGUUCCGAAGGGAGACCCAUGUGCACGAGGCUUUAAGGGAAGUUCCUGGAACAAUGCAGAUGCGAAAGCUUGAAAAUCUGGAUCAGUUGCUCGAUAUCGAUACGAGAGGAGCUGUGCUGGCCUGUGGCGAGAUAGUUGUAGUCUGACAGUGAAGACACGUGUUAGAAUCUCUCGUUUUCUUUUGAAAAAUCUGAUACUUUUCGUUUGUUUUUCUAGUGCAGACUUUCGUCCUGAUUUUCUAGUUAAAUGUGGUUAAACUCUCUUAUCAGUUUCGUGACUCUCUUGACUCCCUAAAAUCACGUGUCCUGCACUACUUCAAAUAUGUAAGUGCUGUGAAAACGGCUUGAGUGUCCCUAGUAGCAUCCGGAAUCCAUUUGACUUCUAAACAACGGAUAUCUCAGGAUCCUUAAAUUCCGUCUCGGUAAUAAAGUCAGUCGGAAAAUUGUUUUCUCCGGAAAGUAGGUUGCAGUCGGUAGCAAUAUGUUUUAACGAGUGGAAGUGUGGGCGCGAGGGUGGCGAAAUUAAACAAGUGGUCUGCAUCGACAGCAGGGGAUCGAGACGGGAGACUCCAUUGCAAUUUGCCUACACUCAGGAAGGAAAGUGUUUAGGCCAGCACUUGUGGGGGCUAAGAAUGAGUGGGCGAACGGGCGCAUCGGCGAAUGAGAGCAAAGCAAAACGGUGUCGAGCUGAAGAGCAGUGAAAGUCCUAAGUGGGGUUGAAUCUGAUAGCAAAACAAAACAGAGUGGAUAACAAUUAUAAGAGCAAUGACUCACCUGAGAUACAGGAUUCAAUCCAGUAUUUUUGGGAACCACUAGGUCAUCAAAACCAACCAAUGAUUAAAAUUUUUGCGCUCAAAUGGAUUUUGGACGGAAUCCCCGAAUCGCCGAUGACAAUGACUUCGCUAGCCUGCGUGAUGCAAUCAACGACCACAAAGGAUGGGCUUUAGAAAUUGACAAGGACAACAUACAAGUGUGGACAAGACCCGUGUCCGGUUGUAACUUUAAUAUGGUGAAAAUACUCUCACACUUCACGGAAUGCACGCCUGAUAUCCUCUUUGAUGUCCUUCAUGAUCCGGACUAUCGCCGUGAGUGGGAUUCGCAUAUGUUGGAAAGUGAAGAGAUUGGCGUUAUCAACGUGAAUAAUGACGUGGGGUAUUAUGCAAUGUCAUGCCCGCCACCGUUGAAGCCUCGGGAUUUUGUUUUAAUGCGAUCCUGGCUGGAUACUGGACCUCAAGGGGAGCAAAUGUUACUGUCUCGUUCGGUGCCUCAUAAAAAUUAUCCCCCACGAAAAGGAUAUGUAAGAGCAACCUCAUAUAUUACUGGUUUCGUGAUACGAUCAGCCAAAACUGGUGGUUGUUUUCUCGGUUACAUCGCCCACUGUGACCCUCAGGGUGCGCUACCACCAUGGCUUGUAAAUAAAGUAACACACACGGUGGGACCACGAAUGGUUAAGGAUUUACGGAAAGCUGCAGUUGGCUAUGUGACAUGGAAGAAUUCACAAUCGAAUAUGCGGAAACCUUGGCGUUUCCCAGAGGAGAUGACUUCACCCCGAAUUUCACUAGACGAUCAGUGCGUGGAACCUCAAACUACCCCUUCCGCUAAGUCAUCGUCACCAUCAAUAUCCUCCAUUGGUAGUUUGCAGGAGAAGAAUUCAAAGGGAAGUAUCAAAAAGAAAAAAAACUACUUUAGUAAAUCCUAGGGAAAUUCUAAGUAUUUUUUCACAGUCAUAUAUACAUAUAUGGUUACUAUUGUUAACGGAAUAGCGUAGCAAACUUGCGGUUUCUAUCUAGAAAAUCGAAUCAAAGACAUCUUGGAAGAGAUGCCAUUAAAACAAUCAUUGAGAUAAACUGUUUGAUAGAAAGAGGCCACUUUUAGUCAGCUCUGAAUUGGGGCGACCAGUUUACCGACGAAGGCUAUAUAUUAAAUGUAACUAAAUAUAUACUUUACACAAUAAUAUUGAAUUCUUAUCGCAUAUAAGAGGGAUAGUUGGAAA